AUCGCCCGUACCCUAGUGUUGAUUUUUGAUUUAGCUUUCUCCAAAGUCCACAAUGAGUCAGGGACAACCCAGACGGCCGCAGGCCGGGCAAGAAGCCGUGACGUACGGGGACAUUUUCCAGGUUUCCGGCGAACUAGCUUCGAAACCCGUCGCCCCGAAAGACGCUGCCGCCGCCCAGGCGGCUGAGAGUAUUGUACUCGGCCAGACUCAGAAGGGCGGCCCAGCCGCCGUGAUGCAAUCAGCCGCAGAUAUGAAUGUGAGACGGGGCGUCCUCGGGCCCGAUGAUGUUACCGAAGCCACCAGGGAGCACGGCGUUUCCAUUUCUCAGGACGACGUUGGUGGCCACCGCGUUAUCACAGAAUGUGUUGCCGGAGAGGUUGUGGGAAGAUAUGCGGUGGCAGGCGAAGAGGGACCAGCAGCUCCACCGCUGUCAGCUUUGAAUCCCAUAUCAAUGACGAUUGGACAAGCACUGGAGUCGGUGGCUCUUUCCGCCGGGGUCAAACCGGUGGACGAAAGCGACGCGGCAGCAAUACAGGCUGUGGAGAGCCGAGCAACGGGCCGGAACCAAGUCAUCCCCGGCGGUGUUGCAUCAGAAGCUCAAUCUGCUGCCAAACACAAUGCUCGUACCAUGGCUGAAGAUAAAAAGAUCAAGCUCCGCGACGUGUUGGCUGGUGCAACGUGGAAACUUCCGGACGACAGGGCGGUGACUAAGGAAGACGCCGACGCGGCUGUUGGCGCGGAGAUAAGGAACAAAGCGGAUAUGAGCACGUAUCCAGGAGGCGUGGCUGAGUCAAUGGUUGCAGCGGCCAGGCUCAAUCAGCAGCAGCAGUAGAAACCAGAGAGUGAGUUCCACAAGUAUUCCGGUAGCUAGUAUCGGACAACAACAUGCUAUAGUUACAAGGGAUAUUAUGUCCUUAUUGUAAAUACUUAAUAAAGUUUGGUUAUGUC